AUGCUGGCCCUCGAGCAUUCGCAUCGUCAUCAGUUUGUGGACCAAGCUUCCGAUCUCGAGCAAAGCAUACAGGCACCAUUUCCGGGCCUGGCCAUGGAUUCAGCAUUCAACCCAGUCGACCCCAUGGUCAACUUUCACCCUCUCCCAUACUCAUUCUUGGACAACCCAUCCAUGUUUGCGAAUGCACCGAUACCAUCACUGAAGCAAGAGAUGCACCAGCUUCACGAACUCCCCCCCGCCCUCAUCUCAUCGGGGCACGCACCGUCGAUCCCCAGCGCCUCAUCCUCCACCGUUGGCUCCCCAUACUCCGGUCCCUCCCACACCAUCUCCAGCCAGGACGGGUAUGACCACCACGGCGCCUCGUAUGGAUUGGGUGUCAUGCCAACCAUUGUCAACCCCGAAACCUUUUCGCAGGACAUGUUGAAUGCCUCCAUGGAAUCCGAACUAUCCAUGGCGAGCCAUGAAAAGCUGUCCAACAGCUAUGUGGGUGAGUGCGCCGAUCUUUCCUCUUCUCAAAUUCAGUCUCCUUCGACUUAUGCACGAUCUGUUGCCCAAUCUGUGCAUCCGCAACUUCUUUCCUCCUGCCAAUCUGCGCUUUUGACAUCUUCUCCCGAGACUCUGUCGUCUAUCAAUACCUCCUCGGUUUUCUCCUCUGUCAUCCAUUCUCCAGCUACCGAGCAGACCCGCCCAACACCAACCUUCAAGUCACCGACAACACCUGCUUCAGCCCGCCCACGACAACCCUCGUCGGUCGUCUCUCCCGGGAAAGCAAGAUCUUUUCCCCCAUCCUCGCGCCCACAGGCUGCUUCAGCAUAUCCUCCAACCCAUAUGCUUCCCCAUGAUUCCAAUGCGACAUCACCUUCGGCGCCACAUCAGCAACAUGCCAAUGGUUUUCAGUCUCAUUUCUUUGCUCAAUGCAGUGGGAACUUUAUGCCACCAUUGGAGUCAUCUUAUCCUUCCUUGAUUCACGCUUCCAGAUCCUAUGGCGAAACAGCCCUCCCCGAACAAGGGCUCUUCCCUUCUAACAUGUAUCCCUUCUCGAACAUGUCACCCUCGGGUUCUCCUGCUCCAUCACCUCAACCCUAUGGCGUCUAUCCUACCACACAAUUCUCCGAUCCCCUCACAAACUCCAACUACGGCAAACAACAAAACUACCCCAGUCGAAGACCCUCCCUCGCUUCUUUUGUAUCCGGUGCAUCACAGUCCAGCGCAUCGUCAGAGUUCGACGAGGAAAGCCGAGAGAAGGGCCGCUGCCCGCAUCCAGACUGCGGCAAAGUCUUCAAGGACUUGAAAGCUCACAUGCUCACUCAUCAGGCCGAACGGCCCGAAAAAUGCCCCAUUGUGACCUGUGAAUACAAUCAAAAGGGAUUCGCUCGUAAGUACGACAAGAAUCGACACACUUUGACCCAUUACAAGGGUACCAUGGUGUGCGGAUUCUGCCCGGGCUCCGGUUCUCCGGCCGAAAAGAGCUUCAACCGAGCUGAUGUGUUCAAGCGACACUUGACUUCGGUUCAUGGUGUCGAACAAACUCCUCCCAACAGUCGAAAAAAGAGUCCGUCCAACAACAACAACACCACCACCACCAACAACAACCACCGAAAACUCUCCAGUUAUUGCCAAGACGCCACAGGCAAAUGCUCCACUUGCUCAGCCACCUUCAACAAUGCUCAGGACUUCUAUGAGCAUCUUGAUGAUUGCGUGCUGCGGGUGGUACAACAAGAAGAGCCGAGCGAGGCUAUCAAUGUUCAACAUCUCUCCAACAUUGACAAUGACGAUGCUGUCCAGGAGACUUUGGACCGACACAUGAUCAAAACCGAAGAUGCUCCGGCCACCAGCUUUGAUGAAGAAGAUGACGAUGACGACGAAGAGGAUGACGACGAUGAGGAUGACGACCCAUCGUUCAACAGCCGAUCAGGCAAAGGCGCCAUCAAGUCUCACAAAGCUUCUGGUUCGGGGAAAGCCGUCAUUGGUGGCGGAGUCUCCAAGUCCAACAAGUCCACCAGGAAGGGCAUGACCUGGUCCAAAGGGGGUGUUGCUCUGGUGGGCAAAGGUCGCAAGAAGAGAAAGCACUACCCGCCAUCCUGGGGUAUGUCUGCCGAGAAGAUGCGCAUGAAGAAACGCGUGCUCUGCGUCUAUGAUGGGGAGCGACGGCUAUGGAAAGAUGAUAUGAUGCUCCACAACGAGUUUGAGGUUCGAAUGACGUUGCCUGACGGCAAGAACUACGUUACCGACCUCGAUGUUCAAACACUGAACCGAGCCGAGGCCUUCCACAAUGCCUCACAAGAAGAGAAGGGCCCUUGGCUCCCUCCCACCGAUGAUGAUGCUCAUGGUUUUGACUUGAAUGCCUUGAUGGCUUGA